AUGUCACCGACUUCAGCGGGUGGAAUACUCUCAUGGAAAGACUGGUGGUCAUCAUCCUGUAAAUUUUUAUUCAUCAUCUUUAUACUCUUCAUAUCAAUAACGGAUGUAUGUUGUGAAUUAAAUAAGAAUUAUCAUAUAAAUCAAUUGUGUAAAAAUACAUUUCUAAGGCAACUCUAUAGGAAAGUAGAUGGUGCAACACUGAUGAGCCAGAAUGAGCGCAAUCUCGACUGCGAAAUCACGUUUCAAACUCAUUCGAUAUUGCAAAGAUUUAUGUUAAGAUUUGACACGCUUUCAUUAGACUGUAAUGAUCAUCUCUUUGUGUACGAUGGUGGCCAUGCCGCUGGACACCCUAAGAUUGACAUCUCUUGUCGAAAUACAAAGCAAUCGGUGGGCGUAUUGUUCACAAACACAAAUCAUAUCACACUUAAGUAUGUUACGGACAAUUGGGGAACUGACUCGAAUGGCUUCAAACUUGUGAUUACAGCCAUAAAAGAUCCUAAACAUGCUUGUAGAGACUUUAGAUGCCAUGCGAAAGAAUUUUGCAUUCAUCCUGAUUUAUUAUGUGAUGGCGUCAAUCACUGUUCGGAUGCUUCUGAUGAGUCCACGGCGGCAAAUUGUCAAAAUUCAGCUGAGGGUCAAAUUUUUGGUGUUGGUCUCACCUGGAUAGUGCUGAUAUCAGUGUGUAGCAUGCUUUUAAUUUUCGCAUGCUUAGUAGGAGUCACAAUAUGUAUUUGUCGUCGUAAUCCAAAUAAUAAUGGUAAUAAUGGAAAUAUUCAGAAUAAUAACGGAAACUUUAAUCAAGUUCCACUCUAUCAAACUAACAUUCAUGCAACAAAUGGCUCAAAACAUUCGACAUUGCCACGUGAUCAAACAACACGACUGCCCGGUGAAAAUGGUAAUGGAAUGAACGGAAGUCACACAAUACCAAGAAAUUUCAAUAUGUGCUUCGAGACGACACAAAUUGAUGGUGCGAGUGUUAAUCUUAAAUCGCUUAUGGGACAAGAUCUUUUAUCAUCAACACAGAAUAAUCAAACAACCAAAGAUGAGUGGUUUGUGUAA